CAGGUGGAGCGGAGACAAAGCGCCAUUCUUACAUUUCCUGUGGUCAUCAGAGUGAGUACAAGCUUUAGAGACAUAUCUGAGUUUUAGUUGCUUCAUAACAACGACAGAAAGAUUUCAGACUUUGACCGGAAAUUUUGUGGAUCUAAUAGAAACAGGUGGACGCUGUGAGGCAGCGAGAGAUGGCCGAGGCCGCAAGUAUUGAACUCUUUGUAAAGGUAAGACCUACAAUACGUGACAGGUGUUGAUACAAAGCAUAACAGGUGUGGAUCAGGGAUACUAUACAGCAAUGUACAAUCAUUUCUUACAUAUCUAUACUUCUGUUGUUUUUAUUUAAGGAUAACUUACCUGACAUUGAGUAAACUUAGUGUUAGUAUGACUAAUAUGUGAGUAAAACAGCAGUUUCCAUCUAAAGUUUGUAUGUGUAUCAUAAUGAAACCUUAAAUAUGUCUAAAAUUAAAGCAUUCAAGAGCCUCUGUGAACCAGGACUGCUGGAGUUAAUGAAAAAAUAUUAUUUCAGAUGUAACAGUCUGUAGUAUUGAGGCAUAAUGCUGAUGUGAGGUCUUUUGGUUAACAGUUGACUAUAAAAGGAGGGCUCUCUGAUUUUAAAAUGGGUCCUUUUCAAAAGACUCCUGCUAAACCCACACUGAAAUGAUAUCAUCCUGUCAGACGCAAUUAUGUCGCAUUAAAGCAGAGAUUAAAAAACAAGUUUCAGAUACUGGGCUGUUUAAUCUGGGUGUAAAGCAACCUCAACCCUCCAUUUGAAAUUCCUCAGCGGUUGACUGUCAAAGCAGAGCAGGCUCGACAAGAUUACCUCUUCAGGUAUUCUUGCUCUGGUCAGACACCUUCUGUCCUGACGCCACAGUCAAGCUAAACAUGUCUGAACUUAAGAGUUUUAAGGCGGUGUCACAUCUUUCCGUUAAUGAAGUAAUAUGUGUGUGUCCAUCAGGCCAGUUUUGAUGCUGAGCGUGUGGGGCACUGUCCCUUCUGCCAGAGGAUCUUCAUGAUUCUGUGGCUAAAGGGGACCAGCUUUAAAAUCACCACAGUGGACAUGACAAGGUGAGGGAACAUUUUGACCUCCUGAAGUGGCUGAUCUUGGUUUUUUGACUGACAGGAGUUUAAUACAUGAACACUAAUAUCUUAUAAUAGAAAGUCAUGAGACAGAAAAAGAAAUAGUGGCCUUUGUGGUAAUAACAUGUCUUCAAAUGUAUAGGUGCUCAUGUUAUUAUCUCUCAGGGCUGCCUGUAAUUUUAAAGUUACUUCAAAGACUAUCUUGACGUGAAGCAUACUGUAUAUCUUGAGAUGCCAAGUAAAACUCACUACACCUCAGUAUCUUAUUUUCAAUGCAAUCAUCAGAGAGGUUUAAGAGGGGAAGCAAGCUAAACCGGCAUACAUCAGGGGCUAAAGGACUCAGCUAUAAUUAGUAGUAAUUUUAAAGAGACACAGAAAAGUAAAUAUGGCAUUUCUUUCCUUGACACUUUAAAAUAAAGCUGACACAUCCCAAAAACUUGGAGAACUUUAAAACCAGGCAGAAAAGAUGAAGCCUUGCAGCAAUGUUAACCAUCCUUUAUGCCAUCUCUAAAAGAUGAACAAUAAAGAAUUAAUGGGUUUAAGGCAUAGUAAGAGAUUAGAAUUAAGAGCAAAGUAGUUUGAUCGUGACAGUAAGAUAAAAGUUGAGGUCCGGAAGAUGGAUUUUCACUAUGAGUCUGGUUCUGCCCAGGGUCUCUGCCUGUUUUAAGUAACUACUAUUACCAAAUGUCGCUAAAGACUUGCUCAUAGUAAGCCUGUGAUGGGUCUCUUAAAUUAUACAAUAAAUAUAACAAUCUAGACCUCCUUUUUUGUAAAGAGUCUAAAGAUAACUUUUGACAUUAACUUAAACUCAAUAAUAAAAGCUGAUAGACUGAUUUAGAUUUUUUUCGAGUCUCAUUUCAGUGUCUGACAAGGUCAUUCAUAAUUCAAAACAGCAGACUCUGAUGGUAUUUUAAAGCUGCAGUUUCAUUAAUACUGUUCCAUUUUUAAUUAGCUACAAAAGCUGAUGAGGAAGAAGACUGACAACCACUAAUUGUUUUUAAAGCAUUAAACUGCUGCAGCAGGGGAGAUGGCAAACCAGGCGCAUAACAGAUAUAAAGCAGAAACAGCCUCUGUUGUAAACAGCUUUCAUGGCAAUGGUUCAGGAUGAGUGAUGAAUGUAUCAUCCUGCUGUGUUUUUUUUAUACUACAACACAGCAGGAUGAGGUUGUUUACAUAAAAACACUAGUUACAGACACAUAGGACAAGAUCUGUGAAUAAAUAUGAGGGACUAUUUUCCAGUCAUCAUGAAGACAAAUAUCAGAGUUUCCUCCAGUUGUUUUCAGUAAAUUAGAGUCCCAUUUGUUAACAUAUGACCCUUUUCCUACCUUUCUAAUCUAAACCUUUAUUCCUGUUCUGCCACAGGGCCCCUCCUGUGCUGAAGGCUUUGGCCCCAGGCUCUCAGCCGCCCUUUCUUUGCUACAAUGAUGAGGUUAAAACUGACACAAACAAGAUUGAGGAGUUCCUGGAGAAGACAUUAGCCCCACCACAGUGAGAAGACUGCAUCCUGUUGUCUUGUUAUCUCAUUGAUUACUUCACCUACAAGCUCUUAUGUUUUCCAUUUCACUACUGGCAGGUAUCCAAAAUUGUGCUGUCGGUACAAAGAGUCUAACGGGGCUGGAGAAGACAUCUUUCGGACAUUCUCUGCAUACAUUAAAAACCCCAACCCUGGGCUAAAUGAGAGUAAGGCAUACAUUUACACUUCACAAGGAGUUAUAGUCAUGCCUGUCUUAAGUUUGCCUAGUAAAGGAGCUUGUUACACCUUUGUUUUGUAUAGUGCGAGAGAAGAAAUUCCUUUCCACUCUGGUGGCUCUGAACCUUUACCUGGAGACGCCCCUUCCUCAUGAGCUGGACGAGAAUCCCAAUGCCACCAAGUCCUCACGCCUCUUCUUAGAUGGGGACAACCUCACUUUGGCAGACUGCAACCUGCUCCCUAAGCUCAACAUUGUCAAGGUGAGCAGGGAACAGCCCAGUUGAAAAUAGAAAACUAUUCUUUUUGUCCUCAUCAGAAAUGGAUCCAAACAGUUAUUCCCUUCUUUCAGGUGGUGUGUAAGCAUUUUCGUGACUUCGACAUCCCUGCUGAGCUACAAGGUCUCACACGUUACCUGGAGAAUGCCUACAAACGAGACGAGUUUCGUUACACAUGCCCACCAGAAUCAGAGAUAACCGAAGCUUAUCAAUCAGUGGCAGUGUACCUGAAACAACACAAGAGGUAAAGAUGAUGCAAUGCGAGUGUCGACAAAGAAGACUCAAUUCAGAUAUAUUGCGAUCUAUUGAGAUCUAUUGAGAAAAAGUGACAAGAUGCCUGAAAACUGUGUAGUUUGUGUUUUAUGUGUAGGAAAAGUAUGGUUCCAAAACACAUUUUUGCAAUGGCACAUCCACACAUUAGUG